UUGCUACUCAAGCUGCGGAUGGGCCAAGAGCUAAAGAUAGACCUUUUGGGUGCCAUUCAAAUGCUGAAGGCCUCGUGGGACAACGUCAAGCAGUCGACAAUAGUUCACUGCUUUCGGCAUGCGGGUUUCGUGAGCCGCAUUGAAGAAGCUUCCGAGGAAGCAACCCAAGAUUUGACGUUGGAUGGCACAGAGGAAGAAUGCCAGCUCGAAGAAACCUGGAGCCAGUUGGAGUGCUUUGUCGGUGCUGAGCCACACAGCAUGUGCGUUGAGGACUUCAUUGGCGGUGACGACAGCACCGGAACAGUGGCAGAGUUGACAGACGUGGAGAUCGCGGCAGAAAUGACUGCUGAGCGGCCAAACGAAGACGCUGCCGAGGCUGAUCCAGCAAGUGCUGAUGUUACCCCGCUCCCGACUGCAACUGAGGCUGUAGCUGCGUUGGCCGUUGUACGCCGCUACUGCGGCGCAAUAGAAGGCACUGGACUGUCUCUUGUGGACCGUUUGGACUAUGUAGAGGACGCCGUGGUCAAGCACGCGGUUGCCAAUAUGAAGCAGGCUACGCUGCUUCAGUACUUUCAGCGAACGAAAUAAAUACUUUGUUUGAAGCUUCAUGUGAGUAACUAUUGCGCCACGAUUGGUUCAUUGAUUGAUUUGUGCUAGUUUUUGACGCGUUUUCUACGUGAUUUUAUAUAUCGAAUUCUGGCUAUAUCGAACUAUUUUGCGAUCACCGCGGGGUUCGAUA